GGUUGUUGCAUUGCUCGCUUCGCUGUGUUGUUUUCUGUGCGGAUUAAAGAAUAUGGCGACAGUGGAGGAGGAGGAGAGCGCAAAGAAGAAGAAAUCUCACGGAAUACUGAAACUUUACUAUGGGAUGACUGAAGAGGGAAAAGCUGCCGAGAGGCACCUGGAACCUACAGACGUUGAUGGAGUUCACUUCAAUCCAGAACUUUACCUCACCAAGCUGAGGAAGGAGAGCUCAUUAUCGCAGCUUAUGGAUGUGGAGGCUGAUAUGGUUCGCCAGAUCCGAUCUCUUGACAGUGAAAUGCAGACAUUGGUCUAUGAGAAUUAUAAUAAAUUCAUAUCGGCAACAGACACAAUCCGUAAAAUGAAGAAUGACUUCAAGAAGAUGGAAGAUGAAAUGGAUGGACUGGCAACAAACAUGGCGGUUAUCACUGAGUUCAGUGCUCGGAUCAGCAGUACUCUACAAGUGAGCCAUCAGCAGAUCACUAAGCUGAGUGGUGUUCACACACUACUGCGCAAAUUACAGUUCCUUUUCGAACUCCCUGCCCGCCUGAAAAAGUGCAUAGAGUUGGGGGCAUAUGGCCAGGCUGUGUCCUACCACUCGAAAGCUCGGAGUGUCCUUCAUCAGUACCAGCACAUGCCUUCAUUUCAUGGAAUCCAGACAGACUGUCAAGCUAUUAUGGCUGGCCUGGCAGACACACUUCGGCAAAGAUUCAGGGAUCCUGCCUCAUCCCCACAGGAACUCUCUGAGUGUGUUGAAAUGCUCCUAAAUCUUGAGGAACCAGCCCACCUUCUUUGUGAUGAGUUCCUGGCCCACGGACGUGGAAGACUUGCUUCUCACCUUUCCGAUCUGCAAGAAUCCGGUGAUAUUCUGGAAUUUGUUGACAGAGGAUGUGGCGGUUUUAUCAGCGAUGCCUGUUUGUUGGCGGCUUCCUAUCAAAGCUUGUUCUCUAAAGAGCCUGGCAAUAGCGCACAGAUGGCCGAAGCCAAGUUGACUGUGUUUUUGGAAGAGCUUAGCACAGGUUAUUUUGAGCUGGUGGAGAAGAGAUUGCAUCAGGAGAAAAGUCUGGGAGAUAACUCCCUGUUAGUCCGGGCCCUAGACAGGUUCCACAGGCGAUUGCAGGCUCCAUCCAAGCUUGUUCCUGGUUGUGGCUUUAAUCGACGUGGCACAGAGAUUGUGGUGAGGGCAGCCCAAGUGCGACUUGCUCAGUACCUGCAAUCACUUAAAGAAUUUUUCCAAGGCUGCCUUACAGAUGUGCGACAGGCAUUAGCAGCCCCCCGGCUGCCUGGGAAGGAAACGUCAGGACUUGGGGAUCUACUGGCAGGAUUAUCCGCAUCUGUUCUGAACCAGAUUAAAACCGUUUUAGCUGCCGUGCACCUCUUCACUGCUAAAGACGUGGCAUUUUCGAAUAAAGCCUAUUUUAAGGGUGAAUUCUGCAGCCAAGGUGUUCGGGAGGGUCUGAUUGUUGCGUUCAUUAAGUCUGUGUGUCAGACAGCUCGGCAGUUCUGCGAAAUUCCUGGAGAAAAAGGAACCAGUACACCUCCAUCUCUGCUCCUGCUUCUUUCUCGCCUCUGCCUGGAUUAUGAAACCUCUACAAUCAGCUACAUUCUUACACUGACUGAUGAGCAGUUUCUUGGACAGGAUCGUUCUCCUGUUACCCCCGUGAGUUCCCUCUGUUCCUUGGCUCGUUCCACUGCACAGACCCUUCUCAAUCAAUUUGUCAAGUAUCAGGGUCUGGUUGUGUCCCAGAUGCUUCGUAAAAGCGUAGAGACUCGAGAUUGGGUUACAACAAUUGAGCCACGGAAUGUCCGUGCUGUCAUGAAGAGGGUUGUAGAGGACAUCACAGGAGUAGAUGUUCAGGUUGGUCUGUUGUAUGAGGAGGGUGCCCGAAAAGCCCACAGCAGUGAUUCCAGUAAACGCACCUUCUCAGUAUACAGUAGUUCACGCUUGCAGGGCAGAUAUGCACAGAGCUACACUCCAAGUGCUCCCAUGGACACCAACCUUUUGAGCAACAUCCAGAAAUUGUUCUCGGAAAGGAUAGACAUCUUCAGCAGCGUCCAGUUCAACAAGGUUUCCAUACUUACUGGCAUUAUCAAGAUCAGCCUAAAGACAUUCCUGGAGUGCGUGCGGCUGCGCACGUUUGGUCGUUACGGCCUGCAGCAGAUUCAAGUGGACUGUCAUUACUUGCAGCUCUAUCUGUGGCGUUUUGUCAGCGACGAGAAUCUUGUCCACUGUCUGUUGGAUGAAGUGGUGGGAAGUGCUGCCCAUCGCUGCCUGGAUCCAGCGCCCAUGGAACAGAGUGUUAUUGAAGUGAUCUGUGAGAGGGGUUGAUGGCUGCUGUUUUGCUAAUGUAAAUAUUUAAACACAUCAAUUUACAUUUUCAUAUGUAAUAAAAGCACUAAUGCCCCUAGAAAUGAGGUAAUUUAUUCAAAGGGAGAUAAUGAGCUCUGGAUAAACAACCCGCUCAGCUCCCUAAGCUGCAGUCUUUGGGAUAAGGAGCAGCUCAGUGUAGAAAGGCUUCUCAAUGAACUGGUAAUUUAUCAGCUUCUGCUUUGCUCGGCCGCACAGGAAGUAUUAAAGUGAAACUGGUUUAGCAUAAAUAACGAGAAGCGUAGAUAUUGAAAUGAAUACAGCUGUAGUAUUAAAGGAAAACUAUACCCUUCAAACAAUGUAGGUCUCUAUAAAAAGAUAAACAGCUCAUAUGUAAAACUCUGCUUCAUGUAAAUAAACCAUUUUCAUAAUAUACUUUAGUAAUAUGUGCCAUUGGGUAAUCAAUCAUUCACUGAUCUACUACAUGACCUUUCUAUAUGUGACUUAUGAUUUGACCAAAAGUGGUUAGUGCAGGGUAUAGUUUACCUUUCAGAUCCAGUUUGGGUAAAAAAAAGCCAGUGGCCUUUAAUCAACAUAACCUGGUGAUAUCAGUAAUAAACAUAACUCAGCAAUA